CCUCUCUACAGGGCGGGGGUAGGUGGAGUCCUGCCUAGGACUGGAACUACAUCUCCCAUCCUGCCCCGGGGUUCCACCGGAAGGAGCCCGUGAGCUCGGCUAUAAGGGAACGGGAGCGGAGCCCCUCGCCUCUUAAAGGGGCCGCGCCGACACUGGGGACACCUGUCCUGCGGGAAGAGAAACUGGUCCAAUAGAAGAUAUUACUUCACCCACCCUGUCUCGCUAAUAUUCUGGGACCAAUAUGGCUGCAACAACGCUGCAUACAAAGCCGUAAAUCCAUCCCUCAAAAACCCUCUACAAACAAUCCAGCUGGAAGAGGUGAAGCCAGGAUGCCCCGGGCAGGCUCAGCCCUCCAGCUGCCCCGAUGAAUGGCCCAGAUGUGUCUGCAAUAUAUAAAGCAAGCUGAACUGGUUUAAGAGCCUUAUCUCUGAAAUCCGCAGGGUCCCACUGGCUGGACUGUUGCCACAAUUUGUUGUUGUAUCUGUUUCUCUUCAAGCUAUUGAGAGCGAAAGCUAAUUAUGUUGCAGAACAGGUAUUGCAGACAGCUUAAGUCAGAAGCAUUUAAUGGUGCAUCAAAUCGACUGAGGCCAUCCAGUACAACUUGGAGGGAUGCAGCCAAGGAAGUGGUUUGUGUGACGAUGCUUCCCUCUGGGCUCUGGCUGUAGGAUGUUGGAGACUCAGGAGCAAGAAGAGCUGACCACGGUGCGUGUUCAGGACCCUCGGCUCCAGAACGAAGGCUCCUGGAAUUCCUAUGUGGAUUAUAAAAUCUUCCUCCAUGGAGCCACCUCUGACCUUUCCCGUCCUCCUGCGUCUCGUUUCACAGACCAACAGCAAGGCCUUUACCGCCAAGACCUCGUGCGUGCGCAGAAGGUACCGCGAGUUCGUGUGGCUGAGGAAGCAGCUCCAGAAAAACGCUGGCUUAGUGCCUGUCCCGGAGCUGCCGGGGAAAUCCACCUUCUUUGCAGGCAGCACCGAUGAGUUCAUUGAGAAACGGAGACAGGGGCUCCAGCAGUUCCUGGAGAAGGUUGUGCAGAACGUGGUCCUCCUGUCGGACAGCCAGUUGCAUCUCUUCCUGCAGAGCCAGCUGUCGGUGCCCGAGAUCGAGGCGUGCGUGCAGGGCCAGAGCUCCCUGACUGUCACGGACGCCAUCCUCCACUACGCCAUGUCGAACUGCGGCUGGGUGCAGGAAGAAGACACCCGCCCUGCGCUCGUGGCGGGGGCAGAACUCUACGGCAGCUGCGCUGGUCUCGGAAGCCCCCCUGUUCGGAGCUGCCUGAAACCCCCUUCGCGCUGGAGCGACUUCGGCAUGGAAGACAGCCACUCGGAUAGCCUGGAUUCUCCUACGGAGCAGCCGGAGACGGAGUAAGCAGCACGAAGGAUAUUGGGAGCAGCGGCUCUUGCUCUGCGGAGAGCCAAGGAUGGCAGCUGAGUGGCUCCUGUCGGUGCAGGAUUGGGACCCUGCAUGGCACGUGGUCCUCAGCCUCAGCCCCUCUACUCCCAGCAGCUUGUGACCACUUCCUGCCACCUCUGGACGCUCCUCUGGCGAGGCAGGUGCUGGGUGAAUACACAGCUGAGCUGUACGAAAAGGGAACCAGUGCUUAGUAGAACCUCAGUUUGUUACUCCCCGGGGCUGCGUCAUGCUCUCGUGGGGGGAACGGUGUGUAGUAGGGGUGGAGGCUGCUUGAAAACAAAAGCCAGCUCCCUUGAUCUUGGCUUGAUCCUCUGUCCCCGUGGAGCUGGGUCAUGGAGGCAGAUGCUCAUCGCUGCAGAGAUCCUCCUGGAGCGAUGUCUGGAUCCCUGGGCGGACUUGCUGUCCCUCCUUGCCCAGCAGCAGACCAGCCAGCUGUCCCAGCAAUGCCCAGUGGAUUCUCGUUCCUAGAACUAGAAUUCAGUCUUUGUAGCAUUGAAAACCCAACGGCCGCGUAGGCACGAGCGGCGCUGCUUUGCACGGCCGAGAGCCACCUUUAAACAGCUCCUCUGGGGCGGCCUCCCCUCAGCUGUGCUGAGCCAGAGACCCACAUGCUGGGUCCUCCUGGCCUGGCUCAGCAUGCAGGCUGCGUGCCGCUGGAAUGAGCCGGUGAGCUUUCCCUGGGGGCUCGAUAUUGCAGGAUUGAUUCCUCCAUUGCGGCAGGGCUGGGGGAAUGUCUUGUGGUGGGACACUGAGGUCAGAAGGUUGGUUGUGCUCCUCUUUUGUGUGGGGCACCCCUCAAGCUGGGCUUCCCUGCAGGAGAACAAAUCUUUUGGCUAACCCAGACCUGCCCGAGCCGAACCGCCAACUGGAGCUGAAGCGGGCAAAGGGGGGUGAUCCCUAUAGCCAGCCAGGAGGGAGCAGAACCGAAGAAAGAAUCCUUUAGUAAAGACGGGGCAAUCCCACGCUGCAGCUACCACCAGGGCCUCUCUGCUUGCAGCCUGUCGGGUCCAUUUACUCUGCUGCUCCCCAGCCCAUCCUCUGGCAUUGGCAUGGCUCAGACGGCCGAGCUGAGAUGCUCUGGCCUGCAAUAAAUGAGAAGCACAUGA